CUCACUGUCAACAAGCUCCCAUCCUGAAAACAGGCUUACCACUGCUGAGAGCGGGCAGUCACUUUGAGACCCAGCAUCUUUAAACCUCCUUCACAGGGAAAAGAACACAGACGAGAAAAAUGAAAACAGGACAUUUUGAAAUGACCAUCAUGCUGCUGGCAGCUCUGAUUCUAGUGGACAUUUUCCAGGUAAAAUCUGAAGUACUAGACAUGGCUGAGAAUGUUUUUGAUGAUCAAUACCUGAAAUGUGCUGACAGGAUGGAAAACAAAUUUAUUCCCCAGCUGCUGGAGGAGGAAAAAAACAACCAGCAGCUCUUGAAGGAUGUGUGGGAAAAUGCCAAGACCAAAUGGGAAGUCCGCAAGACACAGAGGUUUUUUCCUGUGACUUUCAAGGAUAACCACGGAAUCGCCCUGAUGGCUUAUAUUUCUGAAGCUCAAAAGCAGAGUGACUUUUAUUAUCAGUUUAAUGAAGCUAUGAAGAUGGCUGGAAAAUCUCGAAAAGAUUAUAUCUAUGACUUCCAGUUCAAAGCUUUUCAUUUUUAUUUGACAAAAGCCCUGCAGUUGCUGAGAAGACCUUGUAAGGAAAGUUACAAAAAUGUGGUGUAUAACACAAGCCAGAUUUCCUUUACAUUUGGAGGACUAGACCAAGCCAGAUUUAACCACGUCACCAUGGUGCAGUCAACCAAACCAGAAGUCACUAAUGACCAAGACACUUUGUUAACCAUCUACACGUGCUUUGGCAUCGAUGUUAAAAAAUUUCUUGGAGAAGGUGAAAAAAAUUUCUUAAUAUCUCCGAAUGAGGUUUUUCAUGUGUCACAGGAUGGAACUGGCAAUAACCUUAUUCUUCAUAGCACCAACAAGACCUGCAGCCAUUAUGAGUGUGCAUUUCUGGGUGGACUGAAAAGUACAGAUUGUGCUGAGAAUGCAGAGUAUUUGCAAACCAUCUAUAUAUUCAGCCCUGUUGAGAAAAGUCAGACCCUUGAAGAACCUGAAAUGGAAAGCCAGGAGUCCACUCUCUUACCUGGUGUGAAGAACCAUGAACCCACUCCAAGAUCUGCUCCAGCUCCAGCUCCAGUUCCUGUACCAGGUCCCAAAACCCAUCCUUCAGCAUCCUCUAGCAAAAUGCUCCUUCCAUCACUCGGGAUGGCCAUCAUUUUAACGGUGCUUCUGCUCUAAGUCUUUCUGUUGCUCUAUAGUCUGAUGUUCUUUAUUGCCUCAAAUGCAGUACAGGGAUCCCACAGAAAAUUACCAGAGGAGUGUUCUUCACUUGUUGGUCAAAGUCACUUGAUAAAAACAAGAACUGUGUACUUGUUAUUCGUUUUGAAAAUUCAAAAAGUUGGUUCAGAUGUCAUAGGAUUUUUCACUUAUUUCUGUAUUAAUCUUAAGAUUGCAAAGAACUGUAUACUUCUGAUUGAAUUCAAUAAAUAUUAAAUGUAUUUAAAGCUUAUUAAAUACAAUUUCAGAUUCAUUUCAGAU